CAACAGUAGUGCUAGACACAAUGCUUGAUGAUGAUGGAUCAGAGAUCUUCCAUAGAUUCUAUGUGUGUUUUGCUGCCAUUCGAAAGAUGUGGUCUAUGUGGUGUCGUCCUAUCUUUGGAGUGGAUGGUUGUUUUAUGAAAUGCACACUAAAGGGACAAUUAUUGGCUGCUGUGGGGAGGGAUGCUAACAAUGGAAUGUAUCCCAUGGCUUGGGCCGUUGUUGAUAUUGAAAAUGAAGACAAUUGGGUAUGGUUCCUAGAAAAGUUGAAGGUUGAUUUCAAUCUACAGGAGGGUCAAGGGUUUACUAUCAUAUCUGAUAGGCAAAAGGGUUUAUUGAAUGCAGUGGAAAGAGAGUUACCUUAUGUUGAACAUAGAAUGUGUGCUAGACACAUCUAUGGGAACCUAAAGAAGAUAUUUCCCCAUCAAGGUGACAUGAAAAAGCUCUUUUGGCAAGUAGCGGAAAGUUAUACCACGAAAGAGUAUGAAGCAAAUUUGGAAUUGGUAAAGAGCUAUGAUAUGCGUGUUUAUGAAGCCAUGAUGGAGAAGAACCCAAAGAAUUGCAGCCUUGCUUUUUUCACGCCAACAUCCUCCUGCGUAGAUGUUCAUAACAACAUCUCUGAAUCUUUCAACAAUGCAAUAGAUCCUGCAAGGUAUAUGCCAAUGGUAGAGAUGUUGGAGACGAUAAGGAGAAGAACCAUGGUGCGUAUUGAUAUGAGGAAGACAAAAGCUGACAAGGAUCUAAGCAGAGUACCUCCUAGAAUAAAAGAAAUGAUAGCGUUGGAGCAGAAAAGGCUUAAGUUCUGCAAGGUUAUCCCUGGAUCAGACGGUAGAAAUGAAGUCCGUGAGUCAGGUACAUCUUACUCUGUGAACAUUACAAUGAAGACAUGUGCCUGCAGGAGAUGGGAAAUGAGUGGAGUUCCAUGAAGAUUACAUCGCAGUUGGCUUCUCAUGAAGCCAAAUCAUGAAGAUUACAUCUCUAGUUGGCUUCUCAAUGGAAGGCAACAACAAAUUUAUAGGGACUCAAUUCGGCCAGUAAAUGGUAUGUGUUUCUGGGAUAACUCCGGUUCUGUGAUAUUGCCACCUCCAAAUCUGGUUGAAGAACUUGAAAACAGAAAAGGAAGAAAGCCAAAGCCAAAAAGGAAGAAAGGGAAGAAUGAGUCUCCAAAAAAGAAAAAGGCUAGUAGAGAGAGGAGAAUCAUGCAUUGUCGUCGUUGCAGUUUAACUGGACACAAUGCAGCUAAAUGUCCAAAUAUGGAAGUGGAAAGGUCUAUGCCACCUAAGAAGAAGAAGAAGACUAAACCAUCGGCAGAUGGAGGAGGACCAAGUCAACCAACACAAGACACAUUUUCAAGUCAACCAACACAAGACACAU